GUGGGUCGAAGUGGACGUUGUUGAGAAAAUUUAGGCGCAAUAUUUGAAAUUGUUUUUGAAAUAUGAUAUUUUGAACUCGAAGAUGGCGACGGAAAAAAUUAUCUUAUACGAUGCUGAUCGAGAUAUUGCUGUGGAAGCGAAUGUUUCUCCGGCUGAAGCUAAACGUGCGAGGGCAGACCAAUAUUUUGCUACAGAACUUUUAAGAACUUUAGUAAAUCAAGAUCCUCAUAAGGCAUCUACAUCUACUUCUCAUGUAGAACAUGAGGAUGCUGAAUUCUACAAUGAAGAAUUUCUUGAAAGCAAUGACGAAGAAGUACUUGGUAGUGAAGACGCAGGUGAACUUAACUCUGAAACUCAAGAAUCUGAAGGUGGAGCUUCUUCAUACAGGUGGUCUUCACCCGCUGUAUUACUCUUAUUAGAGACUUACAGAUCCAUGGAACAAAUACUCAAUAGUGGGAAAAUGUCCCAUAAACAAGUCUGGAAAAAAAUAUCCGAGAAGUUGACAAAAAAUGGUCAUAAUGUCACCGGACCGCAAUGCUAUUCUAAACUGCGAAGUCUGAAGAAAACCUAUAAGUCAACUAAGGAUCAUAAUAACAAAUCGGGAAAUGAUCGAAAGACUUGGAAGUUUUACGAAAUAAUGGAUGAAAUAUUUGGCAAAAAGGCAUGGUGCGAUCCAGUUGCCGUUGCAUCUUCUACUGGUCUUUCUUCCAAAAAAACAGAAAGUAACGAUAGUGCGGUGGGAUCUGAUAGCGGAUGUUCAUCAAAAUCGAAUAAGCCAUCAGUAACAACUUUAUUGGGAAAAAGAUUAAAACAGAAAGAAGAACAUGAGGAAAAUAGAAAGAAAAGACACCGAGAGAGAAUGGAAAUGGAUGAAAAAUUCCUCAAAGUUUUAGAAAAACUAGCUGAAAAAUAA